AUGAAGACUCGUUUCCUCCUCAUCCCCCUGGUGGUGCUGUGUACCGUCGGGGUGUUCUCUAAAGACAAUUGUGUCCCAGACUGUUCAGGGAAGAAAGUUCUGGACAGGGUGACUGAUCCUCUCAACUGUACCAAGUACUUUAUAUGUGGAAAUUGUUCCGGCCCGGUGAAUUGUACCCCUAAGUGUGAGCCUCCAGCCUGUCACUUAACUUGCAACGGAUCUCUGGACUCAAUAUCUGACCCAAAUGACUGUGGCAUCUACUACAUCUGUUCAGCUGGCAACAUCUUAGGCCCAAUAUCCUGCCCAAAGGACAGACCUUACUUCGACGGGAAGACCUGUACCACCGACAGUAGCCAGUGUUGUUCUGGCCUGUGUACCCCUUACUGCCAGGCCGGGAUAGUAGAGGCCCCUGACCCCGUCAACUGCACCAACUACUACAUCUGUUCUCGUACGGGUCCAGCUGACGAGAAAUUACACUUCAGCUGCCCGUCUGGCGAGAACUUCGACGUGGCUCAAGGUCAUUGUAUCCCUGGUGCAAAAUGUACGAUAAUGUGUCCCAAGACCACCGUCCCUGGGAGCCACACCACACCAAGCGGAGGUGGGUCGUCAGUUAUGCCCACUACCGACUGUUUGGACAACAUGAAGUGUAAUGCUACUGGCUACUUUCCCAAGUGUGCCAGCUGUCAACAGGAUUACUUCCACUGUUGGAAGGUUCACGAGGACGCUCUUGUUGAGACCUGUACUGGCGACCUUGUCUUUAACACUGACCCGUCAUACCCUUAUUGUAUUGACCCAACCACCUGCCCCCGACACCGUUAACUCUCAGCUCACUAUAACCCUUCCCUACCGUUAACUCUCAGCUCACUAUGAGACUUCCCUACCGUUAACUCUCAGCUCACUAUAACCCCUCUACUGUUAACUCUCAGCUCAGUAUAACCAUUUACUACCGUUAACUCUCAGCUCACUAUAACCCUUCCUACCGUUAACUCUCUGCUCACUAUGAGCCUUCCCUACCGUUAACUCUCAGCUCACUAUAACCCCUUCUAGUUAACUCUCAGCUCACUAUGAGCCUUCCCACCGUUAACUCUCUGCUCUCUAUGAGCCUUCCCUACCGUUAACUCUCAGCUCACUAUAACCCUUCCUUACCGUUAACUC